AUGAGUAACCUACAUAUCCCAGCAUGGAAACGUAUUAAUAUUGUCAAGGAUGCGCAGAAAGCGGAAGGUAUUGAUGUGAAUGAAGAUCCAUUGAAUGUCACCACUCAUUUAUCGACUGGCUCUUUAACCAAGAGACAGAAAAAACAAAUCAUCAACAAGACGUUGUCCAAAGGUAAAGAAAAUAAAGUGAGCAAGAACACUAAAGAUAGCCAAAGGAAUAAAAUCAAAGUUAAGAAAAGUGAAAGAGACUCUAAGCCAAGGAUACUAAGAGAUCAAGUUAAAUACUUGAUUGAAUUUUAUCUAGGGAAGAUCAAUGAUGAAUUGCCUGAGCCAGUGAAAAAACUUGAUUUUGUGUCGGCUAAUUUAUCAAUAUUUAAUAAGAAAACAGAUGAUGAUGGUGGUGUAAUCGAAGUUUGGAAAUUUUCUAAACAGAAACAGAAUUGGUUAUUGAAGCAUUUUUUCAACAUUGAGUUGAUUCCCGUUGAACUGAAUCAGUUGCUGUUUGAUUAUUUUGAAUUGCUGAAUGGCUUUUCCAAGAAACAACUUGUGGAAGAAUGUCAAAAGAAGAUAAUCAGUUGGAACGAUUUUAUUGAUGAACAGGAAAUACAAAUGGCGAAACUAGUUGAAGGCGAUGCCACCGAAGAAGAAAAAAAAGAUGCCGACGGAUCCGAAGACAAGACCAAGAACACAACACCAUCUGUAGACAGCGAGAAACCAACAGAAACCAAAUUAGUCUUACCACCAAACAAGGACGAAGUAAGGAGGGCUAGAAAAAUGUUAGAGACAUGGCUUACUGUGAUGAAGAAGAAACCGGAAGAUCAUAACCGAGAAGAACUUGAUGCAUUCGAAUCCGUAAUGAAUUUGAAGAGUUUCGACUAG